GAAAUCCUUUUCAAGCAGACGUGCCUUGGCACGAAUACUUCGACUUUGGGCCAGAGGACGAUGAUGAGGCAGUCGUUGGAAAUCACGAAGCCCAGUCACUCGUGAUUACUCCCGUGGAUAAAACGAACUCGUAUCCGAAAACGGCCGCACAUCUUGCGGAGCGUGAAGAAAACAAGAAAAGAAUUGAGGAGAUAUCCCAACGGUACGAUGUAUACCUAUCCCGCGAGGAGCCACUAACGGAUAGCGAACCAGGGUUCAGUUUUUCGGAGUCGGAGCUCGAUCCCCCAGAGGAGCCCAACUGGCCCACAGAAAGCGCCAAGUUGCGGCUCGACGGAUGGGAGGAGGAACCAGAGGAUCGCCCAGUGGUUCUCGACGAAAGGACGCUGCAGCCCGAGGUAUCUCCCUCAAAUUCCACUGGCUUAGAUGCAUCUCCUGCUAGCGGACGACUCAAAACAUCCUUGGUCACGACCCGAACGCAGUAUUGGGUCGUGACGCAGACAUCUUGGGCGGCUCCGCCGCCAGAAGAAAACGGGCACCCCUCAUUCUACUGGCAGCUCGCGAGGACAACUGGGACGAGCCAGCCCUUCCAAUUGGAGAUGAUGGAUACGCCUGCCCAUACGCCUCACUCCGGCGUUUAUCGGAUCGGCUGA